GGGCACCAUGGCGGAAGCUGAAGAGCAGGAAACUGGGUCUCUUGAAGAAUCUACAGAUGAGUCUGAGGAAGGAGAGAGUGAAGAGGAACCCAGACUGAAGUAUGAAAGGCUUUCCAAUGGGGUAACUGAGAUUCUCCAGAAGGAUGCCGCGAGCUGCAUGACCGUCCAGGACAAGUUUUUGGCACUGGGAACACAUUAUGGCAAAGUUUAUUUACUUGAUGUGCAGGGGAACAUCACCCAGAAGUUUGAUAUAAGUCCUGUGAAGAUAAACCAGAUAAGCCUGGAUGAAAGUGGAGAACACAUGGGCGUGUGCUCAGAGGAUGGCAAGGUACAGGUGUUUGGACUGUAUUCUGGAGAAGAAUUUCACGAGACUUUUGACUGUCCCAUUAAGAUUGUCGCUGUGCAUCCACAUUUCGUGAGAUCCAGUUGCAAGCAGUUUGUGACUGGAGGGAAGAAGUUGCUGCUAUUUGAACGGUCUUGGAUGAGCCGUUGGAAGUCUUCUGUUCUACAUGAAGGGGAAGGGAACAUAAGGAGUGUGAAGUGGAGAGGCCAUCUGAUCGCCUGGGCCAAUAAUAUGGGUGUGAAGAUUUUCGACAUAGCCUCAAAGCAGAGAAUUACCAAUGUGCCCCGGGACGAUGUAAGUCUCCGCCCAGAUAUGUACCCCUGCAGCCUCUGCUGGAAGGACAGCGUGACACUGAUUAUCGGCUGGGGGACUUCUGUCAAGAUAUGCUCUGUGAAGGAACGCCAUGCCAGUGAAAUGAGAGACUUGCCGAACCGAUAUGUUGAAAUAGGUAUGCUCUAAUUUUUAGACAGAAUU